GCAGGCGGGAGGUUGUUGUGGGCGCCGCCAUAGCCACGUUUCUGGUUGUGCUGGUGGAGAGGCGCAGGUGGCUGAGCCAGUGCUGCCCUGUGAGCUCCCUCCCCGCAGGAGCCUCUGCAGGACCCCCAACUCGUCGGAAGCUGGGAAGGGUGUAGCCCUGCAGCCUGCUACAUGCUUCCCAGACUCAAGAACACCAGCACACCUUCAGUGUUGGUGUCAUUCGAUGAUGUGGCUGUGGACUUUACCCAGGAAGAAUGGCAGACAAUGGACAAUACGCAGAGGACCCUGUACAGGGAGGUGAUGCUUGAGACCUAUAACAAUCUGCUGUCCUUGGGGUACUCCAUGACAAAGCCUGAUGUGAUCUUCAAGUUGGAGCAAGAAUCAGCACCAUGGACAGUGGAGAAAUCUGUCAAGCAGAGACUUCCAGAUUCCCACAGAAAGAAUGAGCUGCUUGCAACUAAUCAGAAAGAUCAAGAAAUAAUCUUCAGGCAAGUUGUAAUCACAAAAUUAUAUAAUAACCUAAGGAAAGCCACAGUGCCACAAAGAUGCUUAGUAUUAUCUCUGACCAUAAUUGAAACAUGA